AUGGCAGAGGCAGAGCAUACCUCGGUAGAGAACAAAUUCGGUUGCGGGUUACUAACCGCGGUGUUCGGAAAGAAGGGAGGAGGAAUGCGGUCGAGAAGAGGAACAUCCAUGGCCUCAAUCCCACCUGUAGCGACGACAGUAGAGCCUAAUAAUCCCCACAACCUGGUCAUGUCGCCGAGCUUCGCGAAGCGAAGAAAGAAUCCGGAGGAAGCAAAGCCUCGCCAUCAUCAGAAAACAAUCCUUGUACAUCAUCAACCCACCAAGGUUUCUCCCUCGAAUUCGCAUCAGCAACCGUCAUCAGCAGCAGCAGCCGGGGCGAUAACCACUGCAACAAGAACAAACAACAACAUCAAUGGGACUUGUGCAAGCAAUGUGAAAGUGUCUAAAGGAGCCAUCAGUAUCGCCGACGAGUUGGAGAGCAUGAUCGACGAGUACCAGAGGAACAACAACGGGAACAAUCAUUUGGUUCGUGCUUCCUCGAGCAAUGUGAUGCUUUAUGGAAAUCUAGGAAAUUUGAGGCAGCCGCAGCAAGGGAACAACAACAACAACAAAGAGAAGAAUGGGAAGUAUCUAAACAGCGUGAUGGGGAACGUGGUGGUGAAGAAACAGAGCGAUUGCCAAAGUCAGGCAACCACUCCUAUAUGCAGGGCUCUGUCAACAAGAAUGGACCCUGAGCAGCUGAAGAUCAUGGGCAACGAGGAUUACAAGAAUGGAGAUUUCGCGGAGGCUUUGGCUCUUUACGAAGCCGCGAUUGCCAUCGAUCCGAACAAGGCCGCGUACAGGAGCAACAAGAGCGCGGCGUUAACUGCUCUGGGUAGGCUGCUAGAAGCAGUUAGCGAGUGCAAGGAAGCCAUCCGGAUCGAACCCAAUUACCAUCGGGCGCAUCAUCGCUUGGGUAACUUGUACCUCAGAUUAGGAGACAUGGAGAAGUCAAUCUACCAUUACAAACACGCAGGGCCGGAGGCGGAUCACAUUGACGUUUCCAAGGCGAAAUCCCUCCAAGUGUACCUCAACAAAUGCAUAGAGGCAAGGAGGCUGCGGGACUGGAACACGCUCAUCAAAGAAGCUGAGGCUGCCAUAUCCGGAGGAGCAGACUCUGCUCCCCUAAUUUAUGCACUACAAGCUGAGGCGCUGAUGAAACACAACAAGCACCGGGAGGCCGACGAGGUGAUGAAAAAGAGCCUAAAUGUCGACACUGAUGCGUGCACCAAGUUAUUCGGCCCGAUUUCUACUGCCAGCAUAUUGACCGUAAGAGCUCAUGUGGAUAUGGCAAUGGGCAGGUUCGACGACGCCUUAUCGAAAGCGCAAGGUGCGAUGAGGCUGGACUCCAACAACAAGGACGCGAGCAUGGCAAUGAGGAAAGCGAGAGCCGUGGCGGCGGCUCGAGCGAAAGGAAACCAACAUUUCAAGGUCGGAAAAUUUCGAGACGCAUUGAUGGCUUACGAGGAAGGAUUGGAGCACGAUCCUCACAACUCGGUGUUGCUCUGCAAUCGAGCUGCCUGUCGCGCCAAGCUCGGCCAGUUGGAGAAAGCUAUCCACGACUGCUCCUCUGCUCUCAAUGUCCGUCCAGACUACGCCAAAGCCAGGCUCAGGAGAGCUGAUUGCUAUGCCAAGUUGGGAAAAUGGGAAGCUUCAGUAGAAGAAUACGAGAUGUUGUUGAAAAUUUCGCCACAAGACGAAGAGGUGAGGCAAGGUUUAAUGGAAGCCAAGGAAAGACUGAAGAAGCAAAGAGAUGAGAAAUGUUAG